ACCCUAAUUGUAAGAACAUGUAAGAACGCUUCAGUGAGAAUUCUUUAAGUGAGAUCAUCUGUCCCACCUCAGUUACUAUAUCAGUUGAAAGGGGAUAAUUAGAUCUACUGAAUACAAAACUAAUUUUUUUUCAGGGGUGGGGGUAUGGAGACAUAGUAAUGAUUGGGCAAUUUUCCUAAAUAGUUCCUAUUGAUUCAAGUUCUACCCUUGGGUUUUAUAGAUCAUGAGUUUUAGUUUUGGCUCACUGAACUCUUAAAUAAUAAUUUAAAAAAAAAUUCAAAAUGAAACCAGGAGGAAGUUAGGGAAGGAAACAAGCUAAUUAGAUGACAUUAUACAGAAGCUCUUAAAUUUUUGUUGGAUUAUAAUACAAGAUACCAAAGUGCUUAAAAUUCUUAAUGUUUCCUAAAUUCCAAAGUGAUUUUGUAGAGGUAUAAUUGAAGAAUUAUAUUGAGAAGGAAACAAGUAGGCAGACAUAUGGAGACCAUUGUUGACUGCAUGGUGGAGGGUAUGGCAGAAAAACAUAAAAUGGUAUACAACUGGAGAACAUGCAUUUUGCAGCAUUUAUAGGAAGGAAAUCCCAUUUUAUCUCUAACUGGAAUUUACUGACAGACAAUGGCAGAAAGAGUCUUACAGAAGUUAGAACUCCUGGAUAAGCAAGCAAAGAUACUCAUGAACAGAAGAAUAAAGAUAGGAACAGAAAAUACUUUACCCCUGACAUUUGAUUAUCAUUCAGAAUUUGAAGAGGGUAGUGCUACCCUUCAAUCCGCAUCGAGGACAGCAUCAAAGACCAUGGAAGAUAAGUCACGUGACGUUAAAAAAUCAAAAAAAUGUGUCUAUUUCAAAAUUGAACCUGAACCCAGAAAGAGUGAUUUUGAAAAGUUAAAUUUAAGAUCACAAUCUGUUCCAACAAACAUAAAAAAUCAAGAAAAACCAGUACAAGAAAAUCUAAAACCAAGAUCUGUUAAAUUCCUUCAUUAUCUUAAGAAUACAACGGAGGCAGAAAAUGAAGAGCCCUUGCAUCUUCUACAUUCACAGAAUAGACAAGGAUAUAGAAGAUCAUUGAAUUCUUCAAUCUUUUCUCCUAUAUCCAGCAAUCAAUCUAAUGCUUAUACAAAGGGAAGAGACCCUACUUUCAAAGCUCAAAUCGAAAAAAAUUCUAGAAAAUCAUUGGAGUCAAUUGGUUUCUUAGAAGAUGAUGUAAAUAAGAGAAGGAAGUAUCCUCCAGCAACGAAUGAUUUCAGUACAAAAGAAAAGAAGCCAAUCACAAGUGAUCCAUUGAGUGACCACUGUUCAGUAAGAAAGAACACCUUGCUCCCCUUGUGUUUUGAGGAUGAACUGAAAAAUCCAAAUGCCAAAAUAGUGGACAUUAGUCCAGCAAAGACAGAAACUUCUCAAGUGGAACAAAAGGACACAAAUCCCAUAAUUUUCCAUGAUAAAAAAUAUAUUCAAAUGUUACUUUUCACAAAAAAUGGACUUUCUGCCCAUCUUUGGCAAAACGAAAAACUUUACCCUCAUAAAAGAACAAAUUUUGUUUUGGAAAGAAACUGUGCGAUGCUCAAAUCUUUUAUUGGUAACGAAGUGAUUACCUUUUCAGAACCCCAAAGAACUACACGUAUAACAUUUGAAAAAGAUAAACAAGCCACACCUUUGAGAGUGGACCAAAAAACAGUGAAGAAUACUUGUGAUCAGCCAUCAAAAGACAGACUUUGGAGUAGAAGUUAUACUAUCUCACCGACUUUUUCCCAUUUCACAAAAAAAUGUGUGGGCUAUCUUGAUAAACCUGUUAUUCGAGAAAAGAGUGAUAAAACUCACAAAUUUGAAAGAAUUCUUUCUACAGUGAAGCCGGUGCACACACACAAAUUCACUGCCUCACCUAUUAAAGACUACUCAAAGCCUUCGAAAAAAAUAUUGGAAGUUCAUAAAAUAAGUGACGUAACACCGUUGGAUGAUUUGUUAAAGUUGUCAAAAGAUGAUUAAAGGCCUCCAAAGAUGUCAUUUGUACAGUAGUAUUUUGGUAACAAGAAGCAAAUAACCAAGUUUCAAGAUGAUAAAAGGAAUCCAAAUUCUAAUAUUCUAAUGAAUGGCUCAAGAAAGCAAGGCAUAGAAACUGGAGUUACAAAUCGACAGUGGUCCAAUGGAGAAAAAUCAACAUUUUCUAGUAAAUAAUAGGACACUGGGAAAUAAUUAUCAAUUAGAGGGACUAGUCCAUGACUUUUUACUAUCUCAAUUAGAUUGAUCAGUCAUUAGCAUUCCUACAGUAAAGUCUGAUUCAAGACCAAGAAUGGCAUGCACUAACCAGAUAUUUGCUGUUGGAAGCCAAUAAGCUUGUUCUAUAAUUGAAUAUCAAAUGAGACAAACAUACCUUUAAUUUAUCACUGUGGAAUUAAUCCUUAUCAGCAUUUUAGAGAACCAUGGAUAAAUAGUAUCACAUUAACAAUGUAUACAAUUAAAAGGGUUUUUGUAAAA